UAUAUUUUUUAACGAAGUACGAAACUAUUAGCACUAAAGAUGGCGGAGUUCGAUCUCACCACGCGGAUGGGCCAAUAUUUGGACCGGCAUUUAGUUUUCCCGUUACUAGAAUUUCUCUCAGUUAAAGAGUUAUAUGAUGAGAAAGAAAUGCUUAAAGGCAAGCUUGACUUGCUCAGCAACACAAACAUGGUUGACUUUGCCAUGGAUGUCCACAAGACUCUGUACCCAGAUCAGGAAGUACCCGCUACCUUUAUUGCCAAGAGAACUAACGUCGUUGGCCAGCUGAAAUCUUUGCAAGCAGAGACAGACAUGAUUACAAAGAUAUUUGAAGAUCCAGAGGUGAUGAGACAAAUGCAGAGUUCAAGAGAUGGCAGACAGCUGUCCGAUUAUCUCUUCAAAGAGCAUGGAUUUAAGGAAGCGAUGGUCGACACCCUGUACAACUAUGCCAAGUUUCAAUACGAGUGUGGUAACUACUCCGCAGCUGCAGAGUACCUGUACUUUGUUAGAAUCCUGCUGCCGCCGAACGAUCGUAAUUACCUGAACGCUCUGUGGGGAAAGCUGGCCUCGGAAAUCCUAAUGCAAAACUGGGAAACAGCGCUCGAAGAUCUGAACAGGCUUAAGGAGGUUAUAGAGGCAAAUACAUUUGGCAGUGCCCUCCUCUCACUUCAGCAGAGAACCUGGCUAAUUCACUGGAGUUUGUUUGUGUUCUUUAACCACCCGAAGGGCCGGGACCUGAUUAUCGACAUGUUCCUGUACUCCCAGCUCUAUCUGAACGCCAUACAGACCAUGUGCCCACAUAUUCUGCGAUACUUGACCACAGCGGUCAUUACGAAUAAGAGCCGGCGUAGGACGGUUUUGAAGGAUUUGGUGAAAGUUAUCCAGCAGGAGUCUUACACGUACAAGGAUCCAAUCACAGAGUUCGUUGAGUGUCUGUAUGUCCACUUUGACUUCGAUGGAGCCCAGAAGAAGCUUAGGGAAUGUGAAAAUGUGUUGGUCAACGACUUCUUCCUGGUUGCCUGCCUGGACGACUUCAUUGAGAAUGCCCGACUUCUCAUCUUUGAGACCUUCUGCAGGAUCCAUGAAUGCAUCAGCAUUAAUAUGCUUGCCAGCAAGUUGAACAUGACUCCGGAGGACGCUGAGCGCUGGAUUGUCAACUUGAUACGAAACGCAAGGCUGGAUGCUAAAAUUGAUUCUAAACUGGGCCACGUUGUGAUGGGCACCCAGGCUGUAUCGCCGUAUCAGCAGGUGAUUGAGAAAACAAAGAACCUGGCCUUCCGAUCACAGGUUCUCGCCAUGAAUAUUGAGAAGAAAAUCAACGCCAAAUCUACUGAGGUUCCACAGUGGGGUGCCCAGGAGUAGUUGCCAUGGCAACCAACAUACACAUUCUCCGACCAUCUUAUCAAGUGCUAGAUUUACCAGCGGGAAAACGAUAUAGCGAUAGUGACUUUCCUCUAUGUUGGAACUUGUGUCAACAGUGUUCCUUGUUUCGGAUAUUCUUUUUAGACUAUUUGUGGUCAUGUGACAAUGUCUAUUUAUUCAUUCUUCUGUAUAUGAUAUCAAAAAUUAAUUUGGUAGAAGUGAAAAUAAAUUUUAAAGACA